UCCUCACUUUUGGCGUUUGUUGUUUGUUCUGUGCUGUGUUUGCGCAGCAGCAGCUUACAUUGAUUUGCUUUAUUUGUUACCUUUAUUCUUGGUCAGCAAUAUGUCUAUUCAGCUGAAUGCCCUUUUCAGUGAUUCUUAUGUCGAUAUAAGUCAGUACAGAGACCAGCAUUUUAAGGGCAAUCGAUAUGAGCAGGAAAAACUGUUAAAACAGAGCAGCACGUUGUACGUGGGCAACCUUUCCUUUUACACAACAGAAGAGCAAGUAUACGAGUUGUUCUCCAAAAGCGGCGACGUGAAAAGAAUCGUUAUAGGUUUGGACAAAGUGAAGAAAACCGCGUGUGGAUUCUGUUUUGUGGAAUACUAUACCCGCGCAGACGCAGAGAAUGCUAUGAGGUAUAUCAAUGGGACAAGACUGGAUGACCGCAUUAUCAGGACGGAUUGGGAUGCUGGUUUCAAAGAGGGUCGGCAGUAUGGGCGGGGCAAAUCCGGAGGCCAGGUCAGAGAUGAGUACAGACAAGAUUAUGACCCUGCUCGAGGAGGCUAUGGAAAGCUAACUCAGCUCCAAAGAGCACCAGAGGGCAGACAGAAGUUUUAGAUGAGGAUUUGUCACUAAACAGAAUGGUGUGAACAUGAGCUACCAUAAAGCAUUGCUACUAUACACUGUUGUUACUUUGAUGAAGUGUUAAAUUUGACUUUUGUUGGUAAUGAGUGUGGAGGUAUUGGAUCUUUGCAAAAUCUUUUCUACCAUCUUUUGCGACCAUCCUUCCAAUUCUUCCAGAUACAUCUCGCAUUAGCUUAGUUCAGCCUUAAGGUUAGGUUUCCCAUUACCUUCACCAAAAUGAAGUUUUGUUGAUUCCACACUGUAUAUUGUUUUGCAUUUUCCUGGAGCCAGAACAUUUAAUUUUUAAUAAA